UUAUGUAAGAUAAAUGAUGGAGUAAAUUGAUAGUACCACAGAGCCGUCAAAAAAGAAAAAGAAAUAAAAAAAUGAAGAGUGCAUGACUCGAUCCCACAUACGCGUUUACCUCCCCUGUUUUAAAACUCUCCUCUCUUCUCUCUCCCUCUAUCUGCAGAACACAGCACAGCAGAACCCGUCGACUCGUCGUCGGUCGUCCUCAAAACGCGACAUCCCUCCACAAUCAAUCACACACACAAACACACCCUCUGCCGCCCACUCUCUCUCUCUCUCUCUCUAUAUAUAUAUAUAUAUAUAUAUAUAUAUAUUGUCUGUCUCUAUCAGUCUCUUCGCUUCCUCUCAUGACAUUCCAUCAGAUCCAUGGAAGAACAUGAUCUCUUUCUCUCUCUAGAUUCACGGAUUCUCGUCAGAUCUCUCUUCGUUUCCCUCUUCUCUCCUCGUCCUCCUCUAUUUUUCUCUCUCCAUGACCCUAACAUAUCAAUUCUCGCAUCCUAGUUCAACUCUCGCACAAAUACAAUCCUUGGGCGUCUCUCACUCUACUUUCUCCCUCUACAUUUCGAUUUCAAAUCCCUAGAAUAGUAUAAUUCGAUUCGAUUCGAUUCAUUCAUGUCUAUAAUGAAGGGCUCGAGUCGAUUUUUCACGAUCGGGCUAGUGACGUCUUGGUACUCAUCGAACAUUGGGGUUUUGUUGCUGAACAAGUACUUGCUCAGCAACUAUGGCUUCAAAUACCCGAUCUUCCUCACCAUGUGUCACAUGACAGCGUGUUCUCUGCUGAGCUAUGUUGGUAUUGUGUGGAUGAAGAUGGUCCCAUUGCAGACCAUCCGAUCUCGUCUCCAGUUCAUGAAGAUCUCUGCCCUUAGUAUGAUCUUUUGUGCUUCUGUUGUCAGCGGUAACAUCUCGCUUAGGUACUUGCCGGUCUCGUUCAAUCAGGCAAUCGGGGCAACCACGCCGUUUUUCACGGCGGUGUUUGCGUAUUUGAUGACGUUGAAGAGGGAGGCUUGGCUCACUUAUGUGACUCUCAUUCCUGUUGUUACUGGUGUCGUCAUUGCCAGUGGGGGUGAACCAAGUUUCCAUCUUUUUGGGUUUAUAAUGUGUGUUGGUGCUACGGCUGCAAGGGCACUCAAGUCGGUGGUUCAAGGGAUUUUGCUUUCUUCUGAAGGGGAAAAGCUGAAUUCUAUGAACCUCCUACUGUACAUGGCUCCGGUAGCUGUUGUAGUACUUCUUCCUGCGACACUCUUCAUGGAAGAAAAUGUAAUUGGCGUCACACUGGCACUUGCAAGAGAUGAUUUUAGGAUCAUCUGGUAUCUGCUAUUCAAUUCGGCGCUAGCAUAUUUUGUGAAUUUGACCAAUUUUUUGGUUACAAAACACACCAGUGCUCUGACUCUACAGGUUCUAGGAAAUGCAAAAGGGGCCGUGGCUGUGGUGAUUUCAAUAUUAAUAUUCAGAAAUCCAGUGUCAGUUACUGGGAUGUUUGGCUAUACACUCACAGUAAUUGGGGUUAUCCUCUACAGUGAAGCCAAGAAGCGUAGUAAAUGAGAUAUAGAGAUACAGACCAUUAACGCAAAUUCCAUCUAUUUUGUUCUUUGUAUGUGAGGCAGUGGCAUCCUGUCUGGAGGCAAGUUUGGACAAUCUAUUUGCAGGUGAUGUCGCGGAAUUUGCCCUCUAAAUUCUAUUUUUGUCGGGAAACCUGGGUAUCGGGCUUCCAUUUGUAUCAGCAACAACACCAGAUUAGCCAGAAUGGAAGAAAGUUCAAUAAACAACUGAUUUGUCUCUAUUUUUUCUAUCUUAGUUUUAUGGAGGAAGAUUUUUAUUUUUAUUUUUUCCUUCUUUUAUCUUUUAUUCUUUCAGGGAAGGGUUUGUAUAAUUGGGCUUACGCAGUUGGUAUGCUUUAGCUUUUUCUCAUAUUGAUUUAUUAAUGAAAGACACCAUAAUCUUACCAGUUCA